AUGGAGGGAGAGUCUUCAGCAGCAGCAGCUCCUGCUGCUGCUGCCUACGUGUCUCCCUGCGCGGUGCCGCUGCUCGAGGGCAAGGCCUACCGCCGCUCUGUGCGUUUGAUUCGCUCGGUAGCAGCAGCAGAGCGGCAGAGCCGCAGCAGCCGCAGCAGCGGCAGCAGCGGCAGCAGCGGCAGCAGCGGCAGCAGCGGGACUAAACGCAAGUCUCUGAAGCUGCUGCGACGAGGGGUUCACGAGGUGACCAAAAGCCUGAGAAAGGGGGAGUCUGGCCUUGUGUUCAUUGCUUCCGACGUUUACCCAAUCGAGAUAACAGCACACAUACCGAUUUUGUGCGAAGACAAGAACAUUGCCUACGCGUACCUGGGGCCCAAAAAGACUCUCGGCCACGCCUUCAAUUCAAAAAGGCCAGCCAGUGUUAUCAUGCUAGCCCCGCCGCCCCCCAACAGCGGCAAAAAUAAAGACGAUAGUGAAGCAAAUGAAGCGGAGGCAGAGGACCUGCAGGAGGCCUACAGCAAACUCGAGAAGACAAUUCGCAAGAACCACCCUUAUCUUUGA